AUGACUGCAGCUGACAAGAUCAAAGUCGUGCGUCUUGUUGCCGUGCACUACCAGCACCCCGACCUCGAGUCGGCUUGUGCAUUUCUCCGCGAUUUCGGAAUGUCCGAGGUUCUCCGAGAGGACAAGCGCAUCUAUUUUGGCGGCUACGGUCGUGACCCAUACCUGUACAUUGCUGAACAGUCCCCCACCGCACGUCGCGCAUUUCUUGGGGGAACGUGGGCAGUUGAUUCACUAGAUGAUCUCACCAAAGCUGCUUCCAAAUCAGGCGCUUCAGCAAUCCUGGACGCUGAGGGGCCUGGUGGGGGAAAGAAAGUCACUCUCAAUGAUCCCAACGGAUUUCCCAUUACAUUCAUUCACGGCCAAGCUUUAAAGGAGCCUCAGGAUCAUCCAGCAACGCGAGCUUUGGAUAAAGAGUCGCCAGUGAUGAACCAUGCUCUGGAAAAGCCGAGAAAAGGUCGUUUCCUUCGAUUCAAUAAGGGGCCGAGUCCAGUUCACAAGCUAGGCCAUUACGGCUAUAUUGUGCCCAAGGACGAUUUCAUCAAGACGCGUGAAUGGUACCAAAGCCUGUUCAACCUGGUGACAUCCGAUUCUGUUUUCAACCCCGAGACCGGUGAGGAUUCAACUAGCUUUAUGCACAUUGAUCUCGGUGAAACCUUUACCGAUCACCAUAGCCUGUUCUUGGGCGCAAAUCCAACCAACGGGAAGGCUUUUGUCCAUCAUUCGAGCUUUGAGAUAAACGACUUCGACUCGCAAGCCCUCGGGCAUAAUUGGCUCUCUGAAAAAGGCUACACUAACUGCUGGGGCAUUGGCAGACAUGUCUUGGGCAGUCAGAUUUUCGAUUACUGGUUCGAUACAUCGGGCAAUAUUCUGGAGCAUUAUUCUGAUGGCGAUCUUGUGAAUAAACAUGUACCUUCUACCAGAAGUCCUGAAGCUCCUGAUUCGCUUCAUAUUUGGGGGCCUAAUGUUCCUCUCACCUUUAUUACAGGACAGCCAGAUAAAUAA